ACAAGCACGGCUCACACUCAUUCGGCGUAAUGAGGAGUUGUAGUUUUGGCACUUUAUGCCCUUCGUAUAAUUGUAUGACGUCAUAUUUAUUACGUCAUUUAUAUUGCCGGUCCUUGAAAAUAAUUUCUGACACGGAACCGGUCAAAAAAGGUUGGGGACCACUGUCGUGGAGGAUCAGAACAAAAGCUCUGGAGAAUGCGGGCAUCGAUCCCGCUACUUCUCGCAUGCUAAGCGAGCGCUCUACCAUUUGAGCUAAUCCCCCGGUGAUUCCUCCCGCGCCACGUGACUUCAUAUCCACCUCGCUCCCGCACCACGUGACGUUAUCCAGCUCCAGUGGCGACACCACGUGUGUAUAAUUAAGCUCUCCGUGUUUCUUUGUGAUCAUACUUUAUCUAUUCUGGAAGUGUCCCGAUGAGGCUCCAGCUGUGAUCAUAUGUGUGUACUUCUACUCCUUUAAGUGCAUGAAUGUGAUCACACUCGUGGACUUUAGACCGGUCCUGCUUGGCCCCGCCCCCUCUCGCUCAGACCAGCAGUCCAACCGGAAGACGCCCAAAUAAGGCUCGAGGAAGUGAUGACGCGGCUGGCUGAGCUCCGAGAACCUGAUCCGGGCCGUGACGUGUCUCCGGGGUUUCCGGCCAUGGCGGCUCGCGCUGUCCCGGUUACCGUCUCCGGUGCGGUCCGUCCGGCGGGCCUGCAGCCACCGAACGGGACUCAUAGCCUGGACUCUACCGGACCCUUCAUGCUCCAGAACCCGGAGCCUCGCAGAGACCCCGGAGCCGCCGGGGCGUCGGGGCGCGCGCUUCCCGCUCUGCCCAUAUAUGGGUCUUCCCGCGCGCCAUAUUAGGCAACAUACGUCACGCAGGAGUCUUUAUAAAGCCGGGAACCCUCCGAAAGUGACACUCAGGUUCAAGUUCACUCGAGCAGCAUGUGAAAGCUACCCUGUUGUUGUUGUUGUUGUUGUUUACGUUGGACCCGGAGCCCUCGACCCUCCACGCGUUGGCUUCCUCCGAGCGUCACAGCAGCAGCUGCCCGGACACAGCGUCUCUCCGCCGGACUCAGCAGCUCGGUCCUCCCGCAGGAAGCGCUCGGAGUUCCAGGAGCGCACCUCCUCCUCCUCCUCCUCCUCCUCCUCCUCCUCCUCCUCCUCCUCCUAUGGCAGCCACCAAAGCGGAGCUGCUCGUGUCCGCGCUGCAGCUCCCGGACCCCCUGGCCCCCUCGGCCGGCCUCCCGCCGCUGCCCUCCCCGCUGGACGGCUACUACUCCCGGCUGGAGGAGCUGCAGAUGCUGCUGCAGAACGCCGCCGCGGGGGGCUCGCUGCUGGCGGCGUCCGCAGCCGAGGGGGCCGGGCUGCAGCGCGCGGAGCCCGGGGAGUACGGAGACUCUCUGUCGGACCUGGACCUGACCCCCCGCUUCACCCCUCUGGCCUACAGCGGCCGCUUCAGCUUUGAGCCCGCCCCCGGUGGCGGCCUGUGGGCGGAGCCUCUCCUCAGCCUGUUCACGGGGUUGGUCAGCAUCCCCCCCGCCGCCCCCUGCGCCCCCCCCCUCUCUUCCUCGUCGUCGGCGAGCUUCGGCUCCAGUGACGUGACCUCCGUCUUCUCCGUGGCGCCGUCGUACGCGUCCUCCGCCGCCGCCUGCCAGGCCUUUCCGCCGCAGGCCCCGCCCCCCGCCUACCCCGCCUCCGGGCCCGGCCUGCAGGCGCCGCCGAUGCUUCCCGACUACCUCGCGUCGACGGACGCCGGGGGGCUCGGCCCGGUUCGGGACCGGAACCCGCCGCCGCUCACGCCGCUGUCCACCAUCAAGGCCUUCUCCUCGGGGCGGAUCCAGCCCCGAGGCCCCGCCGCCCAGCUCACCAAACCGUGCCGCGCCCCCAGGAAGGCCCCCGGCGGGCGGGCGUGCCGGCGGCCGCCGGGCGAGCGGCCCUACGCCUGCCCCGCCGCCGGCUGCGAGCGCCGCUUCUCGCGCUCCGACGAGCUGACGCGCCACGUGCGCGUGCACACGGGCCAGCGGCCGUUCGGCUGCCGCGUCUGCCUGCGCGGCUUCAGCCGCAGCGACCACCUGACCACGCACAUCCGCACGCACACCGGGGAGAAGCCCUUCGGCUGCGCCGAGUGCGGCCGCCGCUUCGCCCGCAGCGACGAGCGCAAGCGGCACGCCAAGGUGCACCUGAAGCAGCGGGAGCGAGGGAGCGCCUCGGCCCCGCCCACCUCCUCCUCCCCUGGCUCCUCCUACUCCUCCCCCGCUCGCAGCUCCCCCGACGCCUCCCUCUUCGCCUCCUCCUCCUGCUGCUCCUCUCCGGCGGGGAGUCCUCAGUCCAACCUCAGCUGACGGGCAUGACUCCGCCCUGACCUUUGACCUCUGGCUGGAGCUCCGCCUCCAAAGGCAAACAGACAUUUGAACUUUGCGUUGACGAGGUCAAAGGUCAGACGACUGUGACUCGAAACUCUGCAGAACUUCAGGAGAACGAGUCCUCAGCGUGUACCUGUGUAUGAUGUACAUGACGGUGUACCUACUGAGUAGGUUCUGAGAUGUUUUAUACUGAACAUGUUGCCUCUUUAAAGAAGAGAAUAAAAUGUUUAAACAAG